CAAACCACACACUCUCAGCAUCGUCCCGCCAAGGGGUUUUCUUCCCCUUCCCGGAGCUAGAAUUGAGUGUGAGAGAGAAAUAAAUCUAAAAAAAUGAGCUUCGCCGCAUACCGAAUGAUGCAUUUGCCGACCGGCGUAGAGAACUGCGCCGCCGGCUUCAUCACGCAUUCCGCCGCUGAUUUCAUUCCCCUGGUUCAGACGGAAGACCUUGAUUCCGACUGGCCUUCUCCCAAGCCGAUUGGCGCUGUCCCCAAUCUCGUCGUCUCCUCUGCUAAUGUCCUAGAAAUUUAUGCUGUUAGGCUUCAGCAGGCCACUGUCAGAGAAUCUAACAAGCCUCUGGAAGCUAAGCGAGGCGGAGUGAUGGAAGGAAUUUCCGGUGCUUCGCUGGAGCUCGUCUGUCAUCACAAGUUACACGGCAAUGUUUACUCCAUGGAGGUGUUAUCAGCUGGAGGGGUUGACAGUGGGAGGAGGAGGGACUCCAUAAUUUUGGCGUUCGAGGAUGCAAAGUUUUCUGUGCUCGAGUUUGAUGAUUCCAUACAUGGUCUUAGGACCAGCUCAAUGCACUGUUUUGAAGGUCCAGACUGGCUUCAUUUAAGAAGAGGUAAAGAAUCAUUCGACAGAGGUCCAUUUGUAAAGGUUGAUCCACAGGGCAAGUGUGCUGGAGCUUUGGUUUUUGAGCAACAGAUGAUAAUACUUAAAGCUGCUGAGGCUAGCACUGCUUUAAUUGGAAAAGAUAGUGCACUGAAUGCGGGAGGUGCAUCUUCUGCUCGUAUCGAGUCUUCUUAUAUCAUCAAUUUGAGAGAUCUUGAUGUGAAGCAUGUUAAAGACUUUACAUUUGUUCAUGGUUAUAUUGAGCCUGUAAUGGUUAUCCUUCACAAAAAAGAGCUUACUUGGGCUGGCCGUGCAUCAUGGAAACAAAACACAUGUAUGAUUUCAGCAUUCAGUAUCAAUACAACACUGAAGCAGUCUCCAUUGAUAUGGUCACAUUCUAAUUAUCCACACGAUGCAUAUAAGCUUCUUGCAGUGCCAUCUCCUGUUGCUGGAGUUCUUGUACUUGGAGCAAACACUAUUCAUUAUUAUAGUCAGUCAGCUUCAUGUGCUUUGGCUCUGAACAAUUUUGCUCUCUCUGUUGAUAGUACAGAAACUUCAAGAGCUUCUUUCAGUGUGGAGCUUGAUUCUGCUAAUGCCACUUGGUUGACAAAUGAUGUUGUGAUGCUAUCAACAAGGACAGGGGAACUUCUUUUAUUAACACUUAUACAUGAUGGAAGAGUUGUGCAAAGGCUGGAUCUUUCCAAGUCCAGAGCGUCGGUGCUUACAUCAGGAAUCUCUACUGUUGGGACCUCAUUAUUCUUUUUGGGCAGUCGAUUUGGGGAUAGCUUGCUUGUGCAGUUUACUAGUGGUUUAGGAGCACCAAUGUUGCCUUCAGGUGGAAAGGAUGAGGCUGGAGAUAUUGAAAAUGAUGUCCCUUCUGCGAAGAGGCUGAGGAGGUCUUCGUCUGAUGCAUUACAAGAUAUGCUCAAUGGGGAAGAGCUGUCAUUGUAUGGUACAUCAGCAAAUAAUGCACAGUCAGCACAAAAAACCUUCUCAUUUGCAGUGAGGGAUUCUUUGAUCAAUAUUGCCCCCCUGAAAGACUUUUCACAUGGUUUGAGAAUAAAUGCUGAUCCAAAUGCCACUGGAGUUUCUAAACAAAGUAACCAUGAAUUGGUGUGUUGUUCUGGCCACGGGAAGAACGGCGCUCUUUGUGUACUCCAGCGAUCAAUUCGCCCAGAAAUCAUUACUCAAGAAUCAUUGCCUGGUUGCAAGGGAAUUUGGACUGUUUAUCACAAGAGCACGCGCAGUAACCUUAAUGAAUCAUCAAAAAAUGCAGAUGAUGAUGAUGAGUAUCAUGCAUAUUUGGUUAUUAGUUUGGAGACUCGCACUAUGGUUCUGCAGACUGCCAAUAGUUUGGAGGAGGUUACUGAAAAUGUAGAUUACUAUGUUCAGGGAACCACUAUAGCUGUUGGAAAUUUAUUUGGGAGGCGUCGUGUUAUACAAGUGUUUGGUCAUGGUGCUCGAAUUAUUGAUGGAACCUUUAUUACUCAAGAGCUGAGUUUCAAGGCUUCCAACUUGGACCCCUCUUCAGGUUCUGAGGGUAUUGCAGUAUGUUCUGCUUCAAUUGCUGACCCCUAUGUCUUGCUAACCAUGACAGAUGGAAGUAUUCAGCUUCUCAUUGGUGAUCGUUCUGCAUGCACUGUUUCUACUGCUACUCCAGCAGUAUUUGGAAGUUCAAAGAAGUUAAUUUCUUCUUGCACACUCUUUAGUGAUGAAGGUCCUGAGCCGUGGCUUCGCAAGACUAGUACUGAUGCUUGGCUUUCCACUGGCGUUGAAGAGGCAAUUGAUGGUGCUGAUGGUAUAUCUCAUGAACAAGGAGACGUGUACUGUGUCGUUUGUUAUGAAGAUGGUAAUCUUGAAAUCUUCGACGUGCCUACUUUUAGUUGUGUUUUCUCUGUGGAUAAAUUUGUGUCUGGAAGGAGCUACCUCGUUGACACCUUAAUCCAACAAGAUCCAUCUAUCGGUUCUAGUCUAAAAAGUUCUGGUGAUGUUACCGGACAUGGAAAAAAGGAUGACAUUCAGAACAUAAAAGUAGUUGAAUUGGCCAUGCAGAGGUGGGUAGGGCAACAUAGCCGCCCUUUUAUUUUUGGAAUAUUGUCUGAUGGAACUAUUCUCUGCUACCAUGCCUACAUUUUUGAAGGUUCCGAAAAUUAUUCACAAAGUUCUACAAAUAUCAGUAGUGCUAGUGCUUCUAGGCUUAGAAAUCUAAGAUUUAUACGCGUUCCACUUGAAAAUUAUGCAAGGGAAGAGGUAUCACCUGGAAAAUCAUUACAACGUAUAAAUAUUUUUAAGAAUGUUGGUGGUCUACAAGGAUUGUUCCUUGCGGGGUCAAGGCCAGCUUGGUUGAUGAUGUUCCGUGAACGACUCCGAAUGCAUUCCCAGCUUUGUGAUGGACCUAUUGCUGGCUUUGCUGUUCUUCACAAUAUUCCAUUGAAGGGGACUCCACAUCAAGUCACUUAUUUAUCUGACAAGAAUUUAUAUCCGCUAAUAGUUUCAGUUCCGGUUCUUAAGCCCCUUAAUCAGGUUAUUUCUUCUCUGACUGAUCAAGAUGCUGGUCAGCAACCUGAUCAUGAUAACUUAAAUUUUGAAGGGACUUAUCAAAUUGAAGAGUUUGAGAUUCGGAUCAUGGAACCUGAAAUAUCCGGGGGACCAUGGCAGACAAGGGCAAGUGUUCCUAUGCAAAGCUCUGAAAAUGCUCUGACUAUUAGAGCUGUGACACUACUCAAUACCACAAAAAGAGAAAAUCAAACACUUCUGGCUGUUGGGACGGCUUAUGUGCAAGGGGAAGAUGUUGCUGCAAGGGGUCGUGUGCUUAUAUUUAAUGUUGAAAGGACAAAUGACAACAGUCGGACUUCGGUCUUGGAAGCCUUUUCCAAGGAGUUUAAGGGUGCUAUUUCUGCUCUUGCUUCACUUCAAGGUAAUUUGUUGAUAGCUGCGGGCCCUAAGAUCAUCUUGCACCAAUGGACGGGUUCAGAACUUAUUCCUAUUGCCUUCUAUGAUGUCCCCCCUCUCCAUGUUGUGAGCUUGAACAUUGUGAAGAAUUUCAUACUUCUUGGAGACAUUCACAAAAGCAUAUAUUUCCUCAAUUGGAAGGAGCAAGGGUCUCAACUUGCUUUAUUGGCUAAGGAUUUUGGGUCACUUGAUUGUUUAUCAACUGAGUUUUUAAUUGAUGGAAGCACUCUUAGUCUUGCAGUCUCAGAUGAUCAAAAGAAUAUUCAGAUAUUUUAUUACGCGCCAAAGAUGGCAGAGAGUUGGAGGGGACAGAAGCUUCUGUCCAGGGCAGAGUUCCAUGUUGGUGCCUCCAUUUCCAAGUUCUUGCGGUUACAGCUGCUUCCAACUUCAUCUGACCGAACUGGAACCGACAAAACAAAUCGCUUUGCUCUAUUAUUUGGUACACUGGAUGGUGGGCUUGGAUGCAUAGCUCCUUUGGAAGAACUCACUUUCCGUAGGCUUCAGUCUUUGCAGAAAAAGCUUGUGGAUGCUAUUCCCCAUGUGGCAGGACUGAACCCGAGAUCUUUCCGGCUGUACCGGUCUAAUGGAAAGGCUCAUAGGCCCGGGCCCGACAACAUUGUAGAUCUCGAAUUGCUUUUCCAUUAUGAGAUGCUGAGUUUGGAGGAGCAGCUUGAGAUUGCCCACCAGAUUGGAACUACUCGCACCCAGAUUAUGUCCAACCUUAAUGACUUUACCAUUGCCACAAGCUUCUUCUAAUCCUAGUACUGUAAGUCUGUACUACAUUUAACUGGAAAACACAAAGGAAAGAAAAAGCUACCCUCAUCUUCUAUGUAUAUGUAUAUAUUUUCUUUCUUUUAUUAGAAGAAGAAUUAAACCAUCUUGUAUUGAUGUUGUGACUCUUCUUUCUGCUGAAAUUGCGCAAUUUUGACGUGGUAAGAGGAAACUAGGAAAGCAGAGUGUUGUAAGGGACAGUUUCUGAUCGAUUAAAUUCACUGUGUGACGAAUCAAAUCAUGUGGAUCAA